AUGGUUGCAACUUCGACACAGCCAGAAGCGAUGGACAGCGCACCAUCAUCGAUAUGCAAAGUAUGCCAGGGAAUAUUCCAGGAAGGCCACCGUCGGCGGUUUCGCCUACGCCAAAUCGAAAGAAAUUUGUGGGAAUCUAAAGGCUCAUCUUACAAUCAAGACAUAACCUCGGAUUCUUCAGGAGAAAAUGGACAGGCAACUACGGAUCCUUUAAAUGAAGAAUCAGACGACGAUGUAUCUAAGGGGUCCUCGGAUGGAGAGGACUUGCAAUGGUAUUCAGAUGAAGAGUACUUAGGUGAAGGGGCCAAUGAAGAUACAUCUGAGGAGUCUCCAGAGGAAGAGGAGGACCAGCACAGGCCUUCUUCAUCUGAAGACCUAGAUGGAGGGGCAAAUGAAGAUACAUCCCAAGAGUCUUCAGAGGAAGAGGAGCACCAGCACAGGUCUUCAGAUGAAGAGGACUUAGAUGAAGAGGCAAAUGAAGAUGCAUCCCAGGGGUUUUCAGAUGAAGAGGAGUACCGGCCGAGCGACUUUCGUGGUUACGACUAUUUUGUCUACAUGCACUACCCGAAUCUCGCGAUGCUUCAAAAGUCCGCAGAACAUGGUCAUUGCCGGUCAUGUCAUGUGCUAUCGCACAGUCUGCGCUCAAACAACAAAAACUUCGAUGAAUUCUUGGAGCAGGCUCAGGGAUUGGAAGCCCAGAGGCUGCAAAAACUGCAAAGUAAUGGAGAUCGAGCGCAGUUUGCAGUUCUCGAUGAGGACGAAAGUGAUCCCAACUUGGAUUCUGCUAUGCAGAUGCAGAUCGAGGUAUGCGAUAACACCGGGUCAGACUGGCUAGUAAUGGCGUCACUAAGUCCAAAGAAACAUGGCGAGGCGCGGCUUUUUCUCACUUUUCAGGAGAAGAGGCUUGAUCAUGAAUUUAUUCAAAACGCCAAGCUGGACGUCUUCUGCAAGCCUACCGAGUCUUGCGGCAGUGGUCACUUGGAAAGCGAAACAUCGUUCCUCGCUAGCCCAGUCGAUGAUGUUGAUCCGGCACUUGAUCAUCGCCCAUCUAAACUUGUCCUCUCGGAGCCACACAUUCGCAUGAACAAGCACGUGCCGUACGUGUGCCUUUCUUACUGCUGGGGUAACACAGAAAACCCCGGGACGAUGACUAGCAACAUUUCUCAGUACCUUGAGAACAUUACUUUGGAUCAAUUGCCAAAGACGAUUGGAGAUGCUAUUCUUCUCUGCUCAAAGCUGGAAUUCCGGUAUAUAUGGAUCGAUUCCCUCUGCAUUAUACAGGACGACAAGGACGACUGGAUGAACCAAGCUGCCCAAAUGAGCCGUAUCUAUAGCAAAGCGACUUUGACGAUAGCAACCCCGAUAUGUUUGCACUCUUCGGAGAGUUUUGUAUCCAAGCGGGAAGAAGGCAACCCAUUACUUGCAUUGGGCAUACCCGGCGCCAGUCUCCUCGUGAUGGACGACUCCGGCAAACGCUACGUGCUGUGGCUGUGGGCGGUUGACGAAAUUCAUUAUCCGAGUGGCUUUUUCAUUCAAAUUUUUUCCGAUUGGAAAGAGUGGGAAAUGGGUAUACGCAGAGACUUAAGAACCUGGAUGGGCCGGGCGUGGACGUUUCAGGAGUGGUUGCUUUCCCCUCGUGUCCUACACAUAAAUCACUUCACCUUGUGGGACUGUCUAGGAGGUUACGCAAACGAGCUCAACACCAGGUCCAUGGCCAAAGUGCGCCGUCAACGAAAUCCUGAAGUCCUGGGCCGUGACGAUUUCACGUGGGACCUCAUACUGGCAGAAUAUACAUCCAGAGGCAUCACGAACUUCUCAGAUAGGCUACCUGCCCUGGAUGGCCUCGCGAAGCGCUAUGCGGAAACAUACCACGGUCAUUACCUGGCGGGUCUUUGGGCGGAAGACUUGCCAAUUGCACUCUUGUGGAUGUUGGCCAAGGACCCUACCACUAACAAGCGCAACAUCGAAAGCCCUUCGUGGUCAUGGGCUUCCGUCAAUGAGCAGGUCUGGUUCCGCGGCUACCGUAACGCAGUGCUUGAUACCUGCGUGGUAUCUUACUUUUGUCGUUACAACCCACCUGAUUCCUACUCUACCGUUCUAGAUGCGUGGAUACACCUAGAAGGCCCUUUGUGCGUUGUCAACUGCGACGACUCAGUGAGGGACAUCGAGUCCGUCGCCAUGCUAAAGCUUCUGACGGUCCCGAAGAAUGGGCUCGGCGGCAAAUAUUCAACCUUCUCAUAUGUCAAGCUGAUCUAG